UGGUGAGUGGUAGGUGAGUGAGUGGUGAGUGAGUGGUGGAUGAGCAAGUGGUGGAUGAGCAAGUGAUGAGUGAGUGGUAGGUGAGUGAGUGGUGAGUGAGUGAGUGGUGGAUCAGCAAGUGAUGAGUGAGCAUCUGAACCGUUUCGGAGCCUCCCGAGCGAACACGGGGUCUGACGCUGCCCUCUCCGCCUUCUGCCGGAGGAGCGUGGAGAGGGUGCGGCGCGAGAGCCAGGGUCCCAGGGGCAACGAGACCCCGAGAGGGGUCACGUGGACCCCCAGAGGGGAUCCCGAGGAGGAGGAGACCCCUAUCCCCGAGGUGCUGCUGCAGAGAUUGCGUCUCGCCACGAUGGCGGACGAUGUGCGGCAGGCGAGCACGCUGCAGCUGCACGUGCCAGCGAGCUGCUCCGCGUGCCGCGACGCUGCCGCCGCCCUCGCCCGACAAGACUUUGUGCGGCGGAGAUGGUCACAACUCCAGGAGCGCAGACUCCAGUGGGAGAUCGAGGGACAUCUCUACACGAAGGACUCGCUGUCUCUCAUUGGGGUCAUUCACGAGGGACUGCCCCGCCCCUCUGCACCCCCGGAGGUCAUCUGGGGUCAGCUGAAGAGCAGAGAAUCCUCACGGAGAGACCUGAAGGAUAACCCUGAUAGAGAGACCCCCAGAGAGAGGAGAGACCCCCAGAGAGAGGAGAGACCCCCAGAGAUAGACCCCAGAUACAGACCCCCCAAGCAGGACCCCCGAGAGCCCAGCUGAUAAACAGCAGCCCCCCCCCCUGGUCGCCUGGUCACAGUUGCGACGUCCUUCACCCCGUGUGAAGGGUCACGGAGGUCACGAUCCCCAACCUCGGGUACAGAACCGGUCUGUGCGGUGACACCACUGAACGAUCCAGCGUGGUGGAUCAGUGCAACUGCCAUCGUGGUGGGAGUACAACAAGUGGGUUCUGAAACCCGUUUGUGCGGCCCUGAAAGUGUUAUUUCCUCGUGCGUCAGUGGUGAGUGCCCUCCGCUCUCCGCACUCCCCUCGCACGCGCAAAAUAAUCGAAGGUUGCUCGAUUUGGAUCGAACAAACUCAUCCCCCCACGGUGGCAAGACCCCUCCUUGAAAGAGCGCCUCGCGACUUGGUCGAUGGCUACCUGGAGAAAUUGAUGGCAUCGUUCGACUUCUCCGUCGUGCAUAAACUCUCUCUCUCUCUGUGGCCAAAUGCAAAUAUUCGCAGAACUCCGUUCCGUCUCCAUGUCGACGAUCACUGUAUUCAUCGCCGGCUCUGCGCACCAAUGUUAUCACAAUAAAGAAGCUGCCUUCC